AUGACAGGAACGUUAACAGAGCAAGAAUUUUUAGCAGCGGCUCGACAAUUUCUGAAUUUUUCGCUUCAAAUCCACGAUGACUGGGAGCUUAUCGAAUCGCAAUCCGGGACAGCGUAUUUGAAAAAAAGUAUUGUACAAUCACUAGUUAUACCUACGAGUGAAAACGAAGAAAGCCUCAAUGAAUUAUUGGAAGAUGAUCCUUCUCUUUCCAAACCAAUGAGUUGUUUGGAUUUCUAUAACUUUGAGUAUCACAUAAUUUAUAGUACAAGCUAUCAAGUUCCAGUAUUAUACUUCAAUGUGCAUAAAUCAAAUGGAACAUUACUUAAGCUUGAAGAAGCUUGGGCAGGAUUUCGUCAGCUGAGCUCAGAAAGCUCCGAACAAUUACAUCAAAUUUUAACACAAAUGGAACACCCUGUAUUAUUCAAACCAUUUUUGGCACUUCAUCCUUGCCAAACAUCGAACGUUCUUUGCAAUCUUAGAAAAAGUAACAACCUUAUAGUAUCGUUUAUAUCAUCCUUUGGUCCAUUUAUAAAUCUGAAUCUUAGUUUAGAAUAUUCUGCUUUGACUAAAUAAACUGUUAUGGAAGUAACCAUGUUCUAAAUCUUUUUUUUCAUUUAGCGGAAUCUAAUCUAUAAGUUGUUGGCGAGUUGUCUAUUAGAUAAUAG